AUGGGUAAGAAGAAGACAGCGAAUAAGAGGACUACUACGGCCCCGACAAUCCUUCCGGCAACUAACGGAGGAUCAUCGGAUGUGGAUGCUAGCCCCACGGCAUCGAGCUUUGGCAAAGAGGAGCAGAAGGACUUGUCGUCUGAUGAGAUAAGGAAUGCGACCAGUCCGACUGAAGGCUCUGCUAAAAGCCCGACAACGCCCAUUGCCGAAGCUCCCUCCGCUCCCAAAUCGAAGGGCCAGAAGAAGAAAGCUGCUGCCGCCGCAAAGAAAGCCGCCUCCGCCGCUGCCCGAGCCAACGAUGAUCCUGUCUCCCAGCCCACGACUACUGAGGAGAUCGAUACCGCCGGCAACUCAGAGGCCAAUGCAAAUGCGAAUAUCACGAAGCCGUCCUCGGAUGAACCCGAAAUUUUGAAGCCUCUCGACGGUACGCUCGAUUCAGCACGGGAACAAGACGUCGAAGGCGACGCAUGGGGACUGAACGAGGACGAGCCAGCCGUGGCUCAUGAUGACGUUAUGAAACCGACUGCGGACGAUUCUCCCUCGCCAGACGCCCAAGAUAGUAGCUCGGCCGACAACGUCCAAGUCGCUUCAACAGAGCUCAAAUCGGGGGAGGGUGUUUCCAAGAGUAAUGCAGUCUUGAAUGACGACAAGGCUUCCGAAACCGUGCCGCCGCCACUCACUGCGGAGGUCACUCCCGACGCGCUCCCAAAUUCAUCUAAUGAACUCCCAAAUUCAGACGCGGCAGAUCUGUCCGAGGUUAAGAUGACCCUGCGAACCUAUGGAUUACCUCCUAGGCCCUCGGACGACGAUAAUACCCCUCUUGCGCAUAUUGCUGGAAGUAAAGCCCCUGCUAUUAAUACCAAUCUUGUGUCUGAUGGACUUGUCAACGGAGGCGCGAGAAAAGAGACGCCGAGUUCUGCUGGCGAGAACCUAGGAGGUGCUCAGUUUAGAUACGACUCUCACACAACUGGAACUAGUGCCUUUUCCAAUAAUCCUGCCCGACCAAAUGCGCCAUCAAUUUCGCCUACUUCGGGAGUUCCCGCUCGUGGACCGGGCGGCGUCGGGUUCGGCUCAACAGCGCCUGCUCAGACUCCGACGACAACGACAUCUGGCUUCAACUUUGGCUUUGGCUCGCCGCAAAAGUCAACUCCUAAAAACGCGUCUGGGAUGUCUUGGGGUGCAGCAGCCUCUUCGAAACAGGCCAAAUCGUCUGGUUGGGGUUGGCUCAACAAAGCGCGCGAAACAUUUGAACAGGCCAUAGGCGACGAGCCAUCCCCUACCCCUGCUCCCGCUCCUGGUCCCACUCCCGCUUCUACUCCCGUGCCUGGUCCUGGCCCUCCCGCUCGCGCCCCGCCUGUCCGAUCCCCCUCUGUUGAGCGGGUCGCUCAAUCUUCUACAGCGGGCCCCACUAAUUCCAAUUCCAACUCCGAUGCUGCCCCUUCUUCCCCCAAUCGGCCUACUAGAGGCAUGACGUCUUUCGAGGCCAGGAUGGCCGCUUUGAAGCAAAAGGCGGCCACUGCCACGAACAAAGAUGGCCCAUCGGGGCCGAAGGCAGAAGCAGAAACGCCCAAGGCAUCGUCGCCCGUCACUCCCACUUCCAUUUCGGGUGUCUCUCCGAUUUCGCCCUCUGUGUCAACUCAAUCUCACACUCAAGCUCAACCUUUGCCUUUGCCUUUACCGACCUCGAUGACGAUGCCAACCGAGCAGAACCCACCGCGAACACCGGAUCAGGCCAUGGUCACGAGCGCGUUCUCGCCGCCGCCACGCGAGAGCACGGCCGAAACCGGAAAGGCUGGGAAGUUGGUCUCCAAGUUUGAUAACCAGGAGGCCCCUAUCGGCUCCAAAACGGCCAGCACGGGACUCCGGCUCCAAACUCAACCUGCCGCUCCGGAUCGUCGACGGAGCGAGUCCCCUGUAACGGUGCGAGAUGGCAAUGCCUCUGAAACUGAACGACCAUCGCUCGCGGACAUGCGGUCCACUUCUGCGCCGCUGCCCAAGACAUCUAUCAAUACCACAUCGCCUAGGACUCCCAGUAGCUUUAGUUUUGGAGCCGGCCUCGGUACUACCAAUCGGAUUAAUGGAGGGCGUUUUGGAUUCGGAGGCGGAGGAUUUGGAGGGAUCAGGCCGGGACCUGGGCCUAGUCCCAUGUCAACGCCCAUGGGGGAGAAGAACGAGACGAGGUUCGAGAGCCAGCGCGACGACGACUUGUCCUCGGUUAUUGAAGGAACUUUCAAGGCCAAUAUCCCUGUAACGAAUCUCCCAGGCAUUAAACCCUUCGUCGCUUCCCCUCCUCCUAUCACUACACCUGCCGCUGCCUUGGAAGUAACUGCCCCUCUUCCUUCUCCCACCCGUUCCGAACUUGAACCGGGAGCAGCCACUCCAGACGAUAAGACGAUUGCCGACCCCUCAGAUCUCGCGGAAGUCGCGCAGGAGCCCGUACCCCAAGACGAAGUCCUAAAUCAUGAGCCCCAAGUCGAGCCGCUAAUUACGAGUGAGCCUGUUCUGACGCCAGUUGAGGAGAAAGGAAUAGUAGACGCUGUCGCGGAGGAACCUGCUGCGCCACCUUCUGUGGAAGAGCCUGUUGUAUUGUCGCCUGUUGAGGGGCCUAUCAUAGAGCCCCAUGUGGAUGAGCCCGUAUCGCCUGCUACGCAUGAUGAAGUUCCUGCACCAGAAGCCACCGAGACGCCCGUGCCUGAGCCACGUGAUGAGCCACCAGCUGUGCUUUCGAUAGAACCGACCGUGGAGCCGUGGGAAGAGCCUGGAGUCGAGGUGGUUGUCGAGCCUACUCCCGAGACUACUGUAGAGCCGGUUGCUCAGCUUACUGUCGAGCCUACCGUUGAGCCUACCGUUGAGCCUACCGUUGAGCCUACCGUUGAGCCUACUGUCGAACUGAUUCCUGAAUUGACUCCCGAGUCAACUCCCGAACCGACUCUCGAGGUGGUUCCCGAGUCAUCUCAAUCCACCAUGGAGCGGUUGUCGAGCCUGUAUUCGGUGGCGGAGGUGGCAACUGAAUCUCUCGAGCCGGCAGUCGAGCUCUCUGCUGAUCGAACCUCCCACCGAGGCAUUUUCUCAGCUUCUUCCUCCUCGCCUAUCGAGCCUCCAACUGUCGAACCUGUCCCAGCGGAAGGAACCGAAAUCUCCACUGAGAAACCGGUGGCUCCCAAACUUUCAAUUGACGUUCUUCAAGCCGACGGCUCUCGCAAGCCCAAGUCUCCUUUGCCCCCUACUCCCGCAACCCCUGCGACCCCUAUAACUCCUGCUACUCCGUCAAAGAAGAAAAAGAAGAAGGGCAAGAAGGGCGCUGCACCCAGCGAACCGGUUCCUGCUAUCCCCGAGACUACAUCUGAACCUGCGCCUGAAUCGGAACCUGCUUCUAAAUCAGAGCCAGUUUCCGUAUCGGAGCCCAUUUCAUGGCCGUUCUCCAGGCCGGAUCCUGCGUCACUCGAGGUCAAGCCAGUUUGGGGCAAUGAAAAGGCAGAGAGUCCGAUCCCUACUCCCAUUGAACCAAAGGCAAGUGGAACCAAUCCCAGAGGUCACCGUGCCCUCUCCGACCGCGGAGGUUGUUCAAGACGUACCAUCCAAGAGGAGCCAGUGUCUCCAACCAAGGGGAAGAAAUCCAAGCAGAAGAAGAAGCGCAAGAGCUCGACCGCACCUAUCCACGCUGCUUCACCGAUUGACGAUGUCUCAGAGCCGGUUGCGGUUGAAUCUGUAGUGGCUGGGCCUGUGGAAGCGGAACCUGUUGUGACCGAGCCUAUGAUCGUCGAGCCUGUGCCGGUUGAGCCUAUUGUCACUGAGCCCAUUGCCUUCGAGUCCGCAUAUGCUGAAUACCCGGUUGACGAGCCCAAAGUCGACGAGCCCAAGGUUGUUGAGACCGUGGCUACCGAGCCCGAAUUUGUCGAAUUCGAGGAGCUGACAAAGAACGAAGAGAAUCGUACAGCCACCCCAGGCGAAGAUGCCGAAACCCCCAAGGUUGUCUCACAGGAGCUCCCCAAGCCAGCUGAACUGGCAGCUGAACUGGUAUCUGAUCCGGUUGAGAUCGCACAAUUGUCUCCCCUCAUGGACACCCCCAUCGAAGCUACCGUGGCCUCCCCCAUAGAACCCACACCUGAGCCUAUACUUGCGCCCCUCCCCGUUGAAUCUUCCCCGAAACUCAGCCUACUCGAGACUCAGCCCGAACCAGAAGUUGAAGCAAUCGUAGAACUAGCAAUUGAGUCUUCUGUGGGAGUCAAUUCAGGGCCAGUGAUCGAAUUUGUACCCGAGCUUCCAGUCGAACCUGCGCCUGAGCCGGUCUUCGGAUUUCCUACCGAGCCAGUUCUGGAGGCGGAGCCGGUCGUGAUGUCUCCUACAGACGAACCUGUCAUCGAAAGGAUUGAGGUGGUAGGGCCCUCCCUUACUAUUACCCCCAUCUGCACCCCCACCCCUAUUCCCGGUGUUGAAGAUGAGCAUUCAGUUGAACGAGUGGUUGAACCUGCGGUAUCGCCGGUCGAAGUGCCGAAGGAGCCGCCAGUUCUGGAAACGAAACAAACCGUACCUUCUACGAACAAGUCCCCAAAGAAGAAGAGCAAGCGGAAGGGUGCAGCUAAAGCCACUGUUAUUGUUGAAGAACCGACCCCUAGCCUGGCGAUUGAAGAGCCAGUGGCCGAAAUUACGAAGCCUGAGGUUCCAUCCGUGAUCACAGUGGGUGGAGAUGAGGUUAUCGAAGAGACCGUUGUGGUUUCAAGCCCUACUGCACCCAGGAAGAAGAAAGGCAAGAAGACCAAAGAUGUAGUUUCGGUUCCGACUCUGGUCGAGGAACGAGUGCCCACACCACCUCUUCCCUUGGAGGCUCCCGUGACCCUCGUUGAUACGCCCCAAUUAGAGAUGGAGGAAUCACGACCUAUCGUUACACCUUCGAUCCAGCUACUCGAGUCCCCGAUUCAGAUGGAGGCAACUCCCAAGAUUGAGAUUAUCGAGCUCCCCAACAGCCAGAUGGAGUUAACUCCUAGAUCGAGCGUUGCCCAACUGUCUCACAGCAAUCUAGUACCUUCUCAACCGGCACCAUCGACCGCGGAGCUCGAUAUCGUUGAAUUUGUGCCCGAAACUUUGUCUGAUCCCGAACCUGAGCCUAUACUCGUUGAUCUACCGCAAUCCCCAGUCACAAGUAUUCCAUCCAUUGCUUCUUCUCCCCCUCGGUCUAUUGUCCUAAGCCCCCGGCCACCAUCAACCACAUCAGUAGCUCACGAAGCCUUCACCCCUCUCCGAUCGGUAACGCCUAGCACGACCAAACAGGACGAGAUUUAUGAAGCGCUUCCGAUGCCUAUCAGUCCCGCUCCCAGCCCGGUCCGCCCCACCUUCGAGCACAUCGAUUUAGCAGAGGUCAUCAUUCCUCUUUCCCCAUCACCCGUCAGCGAGCGAGCAAGUCAAUACUCGCAUGACCUCGAUUUGUCCGGACGUGAGGCCGCUGCUGUACCCCAGGAAUCACAGUCACCAAAGCGUGGUAGAUUGGCGUCUUCUAUUACAUCUAUCGACACCAGUUCCCCCUCGCCAGCUGAGAAAACGACAAUGCGACCCGCUAUGCCACCCCUUAUCACCAUCCCUGUUCCAUCGCCUGUCCCUACAGUGAGCCCGUAUCCCAACUCGGCGGCCAAACAACCCCCUGCCCAAGCAGAGCUCGAGUCCAAGCCUAAUGCGGCGACAAACGAAAUACCCAUUCCAAUCGUUUUGUCGAACGACCUUCCCACCAACGACGUGCCCGCGAAGUCUGACACGGCUACGAAGGCAUCGUCAAGAAUUUUGGAUGGGUUUUCGCCAUUGCGAUGGUUCGGCUUCGGAGGAUCGUCUUCACCCUCGAUCGAGAUUAAGCCUGUGGAAGCCAAGCCUGUUGAGGUCCCACCUAUGGAAACCAAGUCUGUGGAAGCCAAGCCGAUCAAGAUUAUGGAGGUCGAGGUCGAGCCAGUCAUAGUUAAACCCGUAGAGGCAGUGCCUAUGGAGAUCAAGCCUGUAGCAGUCCAGGUUAUAGAGACUAUAGCUACGGAAGUCAAAGCGGUUGAAACCAAGCCUGUAGAAGUCAAGUCAGUCAAGUUGGUUGAACCUACAAUUGUGGAGAUCAACCCAGUCGCGGCCAAACCAAUCGAAACACCGGCUAUAGUCUCCCAUAAUCCCAAAGUCGCUGGAGAGCGGGAGAGGCGGCCUAAAGUCACGCUCGUCCCGAUCCGUAAGGCAGCUUCGCCAACUUCGCCUGAGUCGCCUGCGAUGGAGAGGACAACAUGGUCGAGAUGGCCGUAUCAACCCACUAUGGUAACAUCCAUCCCACCGGUCAAACCUAGGGUACCUCUAGCACGGGAUUCAGUUACUGCUCCUACACGUUCCGAUGAGCAGACAGCAUCAGCCCGCACCCCGAUUAUUUCGACCAUGCCUCCGAUCAUUCCUGUCGUCUCGAUGAGGACGGACCAACCGUCCAUAAAGCCGAAAACAGAUUCUCCACAGCCACGACGCCCGCCCAGGCCCGAUGACACGGUACUACCCAUUCCUCAGACACCACACCAUGCUCAAAGCAUUCUCACCAACGAGAAGAGUGAACGCCCUGUGAAACGCCCCUCAGACCCCACUCGAGUUGUCACCCCAGCACCUAACACCCCAUCUGUCGCUUUCCAGUCUCCUCGAUCUUCAGAGGACUCGCUACCCGCAUACACUCCUCAAGCGCCUAAUGUCGAUCGGGAGCCCAAGCCUGCUCCCCGCGGAAUCCUUAAACAGCGUAUUGCAUCCCCAGCCAUGCCCCCUACGACCAAUGCUCCCGCUAGGAGCCCUGUGCGUUCCGUCCCACAGGUAUCUAGAUUCGAGUUCACAGGCUCCCGUAACAUCCCCACCUAUGAGAACUGGAGUCAUACACAAUCGGCCCGAGGAGAUUGUUUAGGCAGUACUAGUAUUCCACGAUCCCACGGAACAGCGAUACCGGUCACUGCGACAACUCCACCUUCGUCUCGUGAUCGCACCUCUGGCGAUUCUAGUCAUCGCUCUCGACCGAAGCGCUCCCCCAAAGAGUCGGGUUCAGUGCCAAACAAGACCUCUCAACCUCAUACACCUUCGCCUUCAAGGGAAACUAAAGCGACUUCGAAGAUUACCACACCACCUAAGCCUAACCUGGUACCAGUCUUGAACGAUAAGAUUAUCCGGGCCAAGGCCCCGAAGCCCGCAAAGAUUUCUACGGCGCGAACUACGAGUAGCGCUUACAUCCAACCGCUCACCUCGCCUAUUCUUCUUACGAGUGAGAACUACGGAGCUCGAUUGCCUGAAAACAGUGUAUAUCAAUAUGAUGGGAUUUCUCCUUCCGAAUCUCUUUCCCCCAUCACCAGGAAGAACAUUUUCGAUAUCCUCCAGAAGCAGGUCGCUCCACAAAUCUUCCCAGUCCUUGCACGUCCAAGCUUCGAUGGAAAGAAGAUGUUGUACUCAAAUCGGCGCCUGAAUGUCAGCAGCCGACAAGAGUUCUCGAUAGAACUAGCUGAGUCUGGGCAGGAACCACAAGUGUACGUAGUCCAAUUGAAGAAGAUCGCUGUAAUCACUCCCCAGAUCACUCCCACGUUUCGUUGA